AUGCAUAUAUUUGCACAGGCUGCAGUUACUUUGGAUGCAGCGGCAGGGCUUAUUUGGCACCCUCAGGUUCCUUUGAAGGUUUCUAUCUUCGCAUGGCGACUCUUGCGGGACAGGUUACCUACCAAAGCAAACCUGGUUUCUCGAGCGAUUUUAUCUUCGGAGGCUCAUCUAUGUGUUUCUGGUUGCGGAGAGGUCGAGACAUCUCAGCACUUGUUCCUUUCUUGCAGUACUUUUGGUGCACUUUGGUCUCUUGUCAGUUCCUGGAUUGGCUCUUCUUUGGUGACUGCUCAGACUCUUUCAGAUCAUUUUGUUCAGUUCACUGGUUCAGCGGGUGGUCUUCGAGCACGACAUUCUUUCAUGCAACUCAUUUGGCUUGCUUGUGUGUGGGUUGUGUGGACCGAAAGAAACCAUCGAUUGUUUAGAGGCUCGGCGAAUUCUUUACAUUGCAUGUUGGACAAGAUCAAGACUUUUUCAUUUAGGUGGUUGAAAGCAACGAGUAGUACUUUAGCUUUAAACUGCCAUAGUUGGUGGUCUAGUCCUAUGCUUUGUUUGGGCCUUGUAUAGUUUCUUUUGGUUGUAUUUUUGACUC